ACAAGUUUAAAUAUCGAACAGUUAAAUUCAGUAGUUGGAAUAGUUUAUGUUUAAAACGUUUUAUAUAAAAUACUGUCGAAGUCGUGUUCAUAGGUGAUAACUUCAUAGAAAAUGAUGAUUUCAAGGACAUGACAUUAAAUAAAAAAUAAAUAAAUAUUGGUUCAUAAAAACAACAUUACGAAACGUGUCAAGCGAUGUUGAUUUACGUGAUAUAUUUUAUUUUUAUACCUUUAACUGUUACGAGCAGCACCCUCAAUCAAAGUAACGUGGAUGAAAAUGAGCUGUGUAUCAGGGAUCAAAAUGGAUUGUGCAUUUCUUGCAAACAUGGAAGAGGAAGUCCAGAAAGAAAUUGUGAGUGUAGCGUUAAUUGUAAAAAUGGUAACUGCACGUCUGGAGGGGAUUGUCAGUUCGGAUGCGAAGACGGAUUUUAUGGAAGGCGGUGUGAUAAUUUGUGCGUAACCUCGGAGCCUAACUGUGAACAGUGUGCGUCGUUUGGUGCUAAUGGCAUUCUGAGAGAAACAUAUGGAAAUUGUGAACGAUGUAAGACAGGGAUGUUUCCCGACCCCGAGAGAGCUUGGUGGUGUGCUGAUUGUCCAAACUCGUGCAUGGGCGGGGAAUGUGACCCUGUAAACGGGUCAUGUACACGUGGGUGCUUUAAAGGACAUUGGUCAAGCGAUUGCAAAGAAACUUGUGAAGAAGGUUGUCAUUCGUGUAGACAAACAGACGGAAUUUGUGAAAUAAAGGACUGUACGAAAAUUGGAUUUGUAGAAAAAAAUUGUUUGACCAACUGUUCUCGGAAUUGUAAAACAAUAAACGGAACAAGUAUGUGUAUGGUCAAAGACGGUUCUUGUUUUGACCAAUGCGAGAACUCGUUCUAUGGACCAUAUUGUAAUAUUUCGUGUCAAUCUUCUUGUAAUGGAAGUGACAAGACUUGUGAUCGUCAAACUGGAUACUGCCUGUAUGGGUGUGACGACGGUUAUUUUGGUCUAAAUUGUACUCAAAUGUGCAAAGAAUGCUCGAACAACAUUUGUGACCAAAAGACCGGAAUGUGUAUUGUUGUAAAAAACAUCAGUCAAAGUGGCAAUGGGCAAUUAGAGGGUGUACAAGAAACUGCCGCUGGUGAUGACAGAUGGGACGUGAAGACUACUCUACUGUUAGCUGGCGUACCCAUAUCCUGUGUCGUAUUCACAAUGGGCAUUGUGACGCUGUUGGUUUUCAAAUGCAUCAGGAAAAAAAGGAAAAAGGACUAUUCUUCACUGUACGGAAGAAGACAUUCUCCAGAAGUGAUUGACAUUGAUGGAAUAAGUAGUAACGAGUAUGCAGAAAUCAAUGAAGAUGAUAUGUUUACAUACACGUCUAUAGAACGCAGGGAAACAACCAAGCCUGUGGACGUUACCCCGGUUUCAAUAUACAUGACGGUCCCUCUUGAUGAAGGCAUUUCUCGCGAUGUCACUUUUAACGAUGGUAUGACAACUGAUCAAAGCUUGGACGAAGAUGUUGUACCAGAUGACUUAAAUCGUUCCCCGAUUUCAACUAUAACACCUUGUGUGAAUGGCGAAUAUUUGACCGUUGUGCACGUAUUUCCAAUGCCAAUGCAACAUAAAAUUUAAAAAUAUCCUUCAAGUGUAUGAGUUGGUCUGAAAUCUAGUUGUGGAAGAGAAAUGUUAACUUCAAUUUUCAAGCCAACAGUUUGGGGUAAAAUACAGAACUGUUGCUAGGGUGUACAAGAUUUGCGAAACACUAACAAAGUGAACUAUUCGUUUUACUUAUUUCUCUCAAAGGUAUUAAAAUCACAUUUACAAUAAAGAGUUCUCAAUUGCUUGACAAGGGCCAGUUUAUCUGACAGUGAUGGUUAUUGGCUAACCAAUAUAUAUUUCAAAAUAGCAUUUUAAGGGAACACAAUUAAAACAUAAUCGAUAAAAUGUUUUUUCUGAGGUAUUAAUUCAUUGAUAAAUGAAAAGAUGUAUGUACAAAACAAAUUAUAUCGACAGAAUUGAGAAUGAAUCUUGUGAGGUUAUACCAUGCACCGCUUCUGUUAUAUUUUUAAGCUGCUUGUAAUGGUGUAGAUGUUGUUUAUAUUUGUAGAGUAUUAUUAUCGUUAUACUUUGUAAAAGUGAAAGAUUAAUAACAAAUGGAUAAGUAGUAGGUGGUAAAAUGCGUUAAAAGUAUGGAAGCAGCCAACAAGAGUAAAACGGAAAAACAAAACAGAACGACAGGGGGUGCAUGGAUAGGUCAGGUCAUUUGUAGAAUCAAGUUUGUUCUUAUUUAUCUUAAGGAGAUCAAAGGCUUCAAGUUUGGCGAAUGUAUCCUUGAGUUGGUCAGGUCCUUGGCAUUUUUUGUAUCCAAACAGUUGUUUUUCCAAUGACAAAGGUCUAAAAGCAGAGAGUUACGGUCGAUUAGGUGAUGCAUUUGCGCAAGACAUCGGGGACAGGUAAAGAAGAAAUAGUAAGUUUCCUUAAUUUCACGACACUGGCAUUUUGGGCGAUUGAUCAUGCUUUUAAAGAACAAAUAUGUGAAUUACGAUUACUACAUCCGCAGCCCUGCAUAGGUGACAUUCAAUAUACGUUCAUCCUCAAAGUAAAAAUGAGGAAGUGAUUUUUUUUUAUUAAGAGUGUACUUGAAGGAGGCCAAGGAUGGAGAGGAGCGAAAUGUUUCCGGGGUGCAUUUCAUAGGUUUCGAUAUUGAAGGUGGCAGAAAUGAAUUCGAUUACAACUGUUUUUACAAAUAAUAUUACGUUAAUUUAAACUUCGAUUUUACCGGUUUAUGUACAUUUUAUUAAAGUAUUGAAAUAUACCUCCAGCCAUCAACUUUUUACACUUAUAAUGUAGAUGGUAGUUUUAUCGUGAUAUGAUCAGAAGUACUAUUCUCGUAACAGAUUUCCAUACAUAAAAAUGACGUAGUUUCUGCUGAGUAUUUCAUUCUGGAUAAACCAUCCCAAAUCCUGCUUUCAUAUGUAUGUCAUCAAAAAAGCAGUAAAAUGCACUCGUCAGUGUAUAUGGUGUGGACCGAAGUUUUUGUAACAACAAGUUAAAAACUUAAAAUACAACUAGUGUGUCAUAUUUUAACAGUAAACCUUAAAACAAACGAAGCUCUGAAUGAGAUAAAGUGGUCUUUGUCAGCAAAAAAUACAUACAAUGUAAAUGAAUAAAACAUGAAAUGUUUUAAAGUUGAAAUAAACUGGUUGGAAAUUAGAAAGGAAGACGAAGUAUAAACAGACAUUUGAAUAAAAAAUAACCAAAGUGUCCCAAUAAAUCAGAAAUAACAUUUUUACGUAUAUGCCAAUCAAAGGUUUUUUUCGAAAACCCACAAUACUGAACUGUUUCUAGUUUGCCAUUGGUAUCAUAAACAUUGAAAAGCUCUUAUGAGUACAUCGCAUCAUUUCAAUAUAACUGAUCUACGAACUAGUUCUUUGUAAGAAUGCUUGUUUCAUAUUUCUCAUAAUAUAUAAAUGUAUAUUUGUUUUUAUUAUGAUGUGUCUUUCCAUAACAAGUUGCAAUAUUUAAUGAUAAACUUUCACUAAACGUAUUUUCUUUACACGAGGGAUGAUCCAAAAUGACGUUAACUUUGAUAUACCAAACACCUGAAUUAUACACCUACGUUAUGGUAAUUUUAAAUAAUAUUUAUUUUAGGAUAGAGUGGUAAGAAUUUGA